AUAAGACUUAGAUAAAAGAGCCACGCUUUUUUUUUUAAUCAAUGAACAAUGCUGAAAGACCAUGUGCCUAAGAAAAAAAAAAAUACUAAUUUACAUACAUGGUAUCAAACAUCACCGUAUUGCUACCCAAUCCAGUUCUUUAAAUUGAACAGGCAACAGUUCCAACACACAACCACACCCUCAGUUAUUUCUUCCUGGUGUGGAGAACAGCUGCAAUGGAACCCCAAGCUUUUGUGGCAUUAGUAGCUGGUGUCACAGGGAUGGCCGGGCUGAGUCUAGCCCAAGCCCUCAAGCAGCCCAAUUGUCCCGGAGGCCCAUGGAAAGUUUACGGCGCUGCCCGCAGGCCCCCGCCCAGUUGGUUCCCUCCUUCCACCGUCGACCACUUCAUCACCUUUGACGCUGUCGACUCUUCCGACACGCACGCCAAGCUUUCCCCCUUUGCGAGUGAAGUCACGCACCUAUUCUGGACCAGCUUGCAGAUUCGUGCAGAUGAAGAAGACAACGUGAGAAUCAACGAAACCAUGCUCCUCAACGUUCUCACCGCCCUCAAAUCUUGCGCCUCUUCAAAGCUGGCUCAUGUGACGGUCCAAACCGGCACCAAACACUACAUGGGCCCAAUUUUCGAUCCAGUCCUCUCCACCAAACUCAUCUCCCACGACCCACCCUUUCACGAGAGCAUGGCGAGGCUCCCUUACCCCAACUUUUACUACGCGCUCGAGGAUCUCGCUGCAUCUUACGCGCCAUCGUUCACCUACUCAGUGCACCGCUCCUCUAUCAUAGUAGGCGCGUCUUCCAGGAGUAUAUACAACUCGCUACUCACGCUAGCAACCUACGCCGUAAUUUGUCGCCACGUAGGAUUGGCGUUUCUCUACCCGGGAACGAAGUACACGUGGGAGCAUUUCUGUGACAUGACCGACGCCGGAGUGUUGGCGCAGCAGCACGUGUGGGCUGCGGUUACCCCUGAAGCUAGAAAUGAGGCAUUCAAUUGCACAAACGGCGACGUUUUUACUUGGAAGAGCAUCUGGAAGUUGCUCUGUGAAGUUUUCGAUGUGGAGUUUGUGCCGUUUGAUGAAACGCAAACGUUUGAUGUGGUGGAGCUGAUGCGUGAUAAGGGUAGCGUUUGGAAGGAGAUAGUGGAGAAAUACGAACUUCACAACACCAUAUUGGAGGAAAUAACAUGCUAUGAGGCCCUCCAAGCAGUGCUACGUUUUAAGUUUCAACAUGUGUCUAGCAUGAACAAGAGUAGAGAAUAUGGAUUCUUUGGGCAUGUUGAUACCUUCAAGAGUAUCAGAUUUUGGGUGGAGAAGCUCCGAGAGAUGAAGCUCAUUCCCUCAUAUCAACAAUGAACUAAUGUUUUCUGGGUUGAGUUUGUUUGGUUGGUUUCUUUCUUAAUGUGAUUUUUAAUCGCUGUGACAUGGGUGCGUUUUAUUUGUCCAGUUUCACCGUAUCCCUUCCUACUGAAAAAACCUAAUACAAAUCCAAAAAGUUCUUUGACAA